UUUAAAACUCAAAAAAUGCGGACUUUUUUUAUUACUUUCUUCUUAACGGCGUUUGCUUUUACCAAAACAUCAGGACAAUCUUCUAGCGACGCUUCUUCAUCAUCAUCAGCGUCAUCUUCAUCUCACGCUUCUUCAUUAACUAAAGCUCCUAUUCUUUACGAUGGUCCUUGUCCUCAAAUAACCGGAGUUACGCUUGACUACUGCAAGACCGCAGGAGUUUGGUACGAAGUUCAACGCAGCGUCAAUAAUUUUGACGGCGAAGGAUGUCAAAUAUUAACCUGGGGCAAGCCAACCAAAGGAUUUUCACGAAUAAUAACUACAAAAAUUUCAGCAAAUUCAAAAUCGAAUUCUACGACCACUGCUGUAGUGAAAGCAAAUAAUCAAGCCCAAUUUUUUAACUACGACUUUCCGACGGUCGGUAACUUCGGUAAAGAGUACUUUCCUCUUACUAUCAAUUAUCGCCGCUAUGCCAUUGUUUGGGGCUGUGAAAAUCGCGGUGAUAAACACAUUGAAACUGCCUGGAUAUUUGCAAGGAAACCUAAAAAGCCGUGCAAGAUAGAAGCGCUGAUGCGAGACGCUUACGCAAAAUAUAACCUCACUGUGCCUGAGAUGUACGAUCAUAAUCUUUCACUUUGUAUCGUUUAAUAUUUUUUCAAUUGUAA